AUGCUCGCUCGACGAGAUCAGGAGAAUCUGGUGCACUCGCACCAGAUGACCGCAGCAUCCAAGCCCUUAAAUCAAGGCGUUCGACAGCUACAACAAAAAACUCCCGGCAAUAGAGCCCCAAAAACUCCGUUCAAGGUCCCGCUACACGAUGAAAACGAGCCGUUGGCAUUUGGAAAGCAGACCGUGAAAGGCAAUGGAGGACUGGGUGGAAAAGCCUUGCAAUCUGGCAAGGAAGCUUUCGUCACGCCAUUGGGCCCUCGAAAUCGCGCCCCUCUUGGAGCAAAAACUACAAAUGCGAAAGCGGCAUUCAAAACCCCGGGUUUGCAGGUCGACUCUUUGAAGACGCAAAAAACCAAGCACAGAGGCUCCAGUAUCAAGAAGCCAAAGAAAGCGGAAAUUGAGGUUCAUCAGGCUCAGCCACAGGUCAUUGACGCGUCUGAUGUCGACGAGGUCCCUGAUGUUGAAUACGCACCCCCCAAACCGAAAGAACUGCCUGAUUAUCCAGAAGACAUUACCUAUGACACCACAUUCCCACAAUUCAAAGGAGCCAAUAUGACUCGGGGAUGGCAGAAAAUUUACUACCAUGGUGAUAUCGGAGAGGACGGUCUCACUGCUCGUCAACGCAAAUUCCAGGAGCAGGUGAUUGCUUCUGAGAAGAAGAUUGACGAAAUGAUUCAAAAGCAGGUUGAUGCCAUCGACUUGAAGCAACUUCUUUUAGAGGACAGGUCUGAACCGCUUCUUGAAGAUAGCUCCAAUCAGACAUACAGGAAAGAACACACUCGCAGUUCCUCGGCUAUGUUACCAACAAGAGCGAGCACUCUGAAAGCACGCAAUGCUGCGGCUGCUCUUUCCAGACCUGGAUCCUCCGCGACAGUUCGUAGCGACACCGUCAGAUCCUCCUCUGCAGCAGCUAAAGCCAGAAAGACUCCUACUCCCCAGGCCAAUGGGUCGAACGCGCGACAUGUUGUCGCCACAACCAGCUCGCGUACCACCGUAGGCUACUCUAGGGGUAGAUCAGUGUCGUCUGCCCUUCCAAACAAGCCAGCCACAGCUGGAAAGAAACUGUCUCAGCCGAAAGCCAUUGUGAGUCCGGAAACAUACGUGCAGCUCUAUGGAGCCCCUCCAGUUGGCAGUGAGAUGUGGGCGCGAUGCGAAGAAGCGGGUUGUCUUCCUGAGCAAGAGGUCGCCCCUAUCUCCGACGAAGAAAUCGGCUUUCCCCUUUUCGAAGAGGACGAAGAGACUCGGAACUUCCAGCUCACUUUGUAA